GCAGACAAUUCAACCGUGCCAUCCUUCUCAGGUUUGGCUGCUUCGGCUUCAGCGCAGUCGUACGAUAUGAGAAGAGUCGAAAUCACGCCGCUGGAACAACGAAAACUCACUUUCGACACCCAUCGGCUGGUGCGAGAUCUGGAAGCCCACGGGUUUGCCAAAGAACAGGCUGAAACGGUGGUCUCAGCGUUGAUGAAUUUGUCAGCGGUCAGCCUGGAUACCGUCUACAAGGAUAUGGUAACGCAAGGCCAACAGGAGAUAACUUUGCAACAGAUAAUGUUUCAUCUGGAUUCCAUUCGCAAGGAUAUGGUCAUUCUUGAGAAGAGCGAAUUUGCCAAUUUGAGAGCAGAAAACGAGAAAAUGAAAAUUGAAUUGGAUCAAGUUAAACAGCAACUAAUGAAUGAAACUAACCAGAUCAGAGCUGAAAACAAGCUGGACAUCAACUUGGAGAGAAGCAGAGUAACCGAUAUGUUCACAGAUCAAGAAAGAAAGCUGAUGGAAAACUCCACAGAAUUUCAUAAAAAAGAUUCCAACACCAACAGUUCCCUGACAGAAGUCAACAAUAAAAUUGACGCUGAGAUUGCAGCUCUCAAAACACUCAUGGAGUCGAAUAAGCUGGAAACCAUCCGGUAUUUGGCAGCUUCUGUUUUCACUUGCCUUGCCAUUGCUUUGGGAUUUUAUCGAUUUUGGAAAUAAGGAACUCACCGAUGGGGAGCGAAAAAGAGGACAGAGCAACAACAACAAUAACAAAAACCCUAAUUGAAAACCUUAAACAUAUCUGAGAUAACA